CUUUCUGCAGUGGUCGCGCCUGGCACCUGCGCACAGGUAAACAAGGCUAGCGUCUUUUCUCACCGCCGUGCUUUUCCACUCCACUUCAACACAACCCACAACAAGCUCUCCUCCUCUUGCUCUUCCACAACUGCUCGCAAGCUCUCGUCAAACCACAUUUCCAACCAACUCACAAACCGACCAUCCUUCAAUAUGCGUGAAAUCGUUCAUCUUCAAACCGGCCAAUGUGGUAACCAAAUCGGUGCUGCCUUUUGGCAAAUUAUCUCAGGAGAGCAUGGUCUUGAUGGAUCCGGCGUCUACAACGGUACUUCCGACCUCCAACUCGAGCGCCUCAACGUUUACUUCAACGAGGCCUCUGGUAACAAGUAUGUUCCUCGUGCCGUUCUCGUCGAUUUGGAGCCAGGUACCAUGGAUGCUGUCCGUGCUGGUCCUUUCGGCCAGCUUUUCCGCCCAGACAACUUCGUUUUCGGGCAAUCUGGCGCUGGUAACAACUGGGCCAAAGGUCAUUACACUGAGGGUGCUGAGCUUGUCGACCAAGUUCUCGAUGUUGUCCGUCGCGAAGCUGAGGGAUGCGACUGCCUCCAAGGUUUCCAGAUCACCCAUUCGCUUGGUGGUGGAACUGGUGCCGGUAUGGGUACGCUCUUGAUCUCCAAGAUCCGUGAGGAGUUCCCAGAUCGUAUGAUGGCCACCUUCUCCGUUGUUCCAUCCCCCAAGGUCUCUGAUACCGUUGUCGAGCCAUACAACGCCACCUUGUCCAUCCAUCAGUUGGUCGAGAACUCCGAUGAAACAUUCUGUAUUGAUAACGAGGCUCUCUACGACAUCUGUAUGAGAACUCUCAAGCUCAGCAAUCCAUCCUACGGAGAUCUUAACCACUUGGUCUCAGCAGUGAUGUCCGGUGUCAGCACCAGUCUUCGUUUCCCUGGUCAGCUUAACUCUGAUCUCCGAAAGUUGGCUGUUAACAUGGUGCCUUUCCCUCGUCUCCAUUUCUUCAUGGUUGGAUUCGCUCCUCUCACCAGCCGUGGCGCCCACUCCUUCCGUGCCGUGACUGUCCCAGAGUUGACCCAGCAAAUGUUCGACCCCAAGAACAUGAUGGCCGCUUCUGAUUUCCGCAACGGUCGCUACUUGACUUGCUCUGCCAUCUUCCGUGGUAAGGUUUCCAUGAAAGAGGUUGAGGAUCAAAUGCGCAAUGUCCAGAACAAGAACUCCUCCUACUUCGUCGAGUGGAUCCCCAAUAACGUCCAAACCGCCCUCUGCUCUAUCCCUCCACGUGGUCUUAAGAUGUCUUCCACAUUCGUUGGUAACUCCACCUCUAUCCAGGAGCUCUUCAAGCGUAUCGGUGAUCAAUUCACUGCUAUGUUCAGAAGAAAGGCAUUCUUGCAUUGGUACACUGGUGAGGGAAUGGACGAGAUGGAGUUCACUGAGGCUGAGUCCAACAUGAACGAUUUGGUUUCCGAGUAUCAACAAUACCAGGAUGCCUCGAUCUCCGAGGGUGAGGAGGAAUACGAAGAGGAGGCUCCAUUGGAGCAGGAGGAGUAAAUUGCUUCAUUGCUACGUUAAUUGGUCGGCAUGGUUUUAUGAUCAUGUUGCAAUAUACUGUUGGCAAGGUUGGUAAUGUCCGACGGGGAUGUUUUUUUCACUAGUCGAUUUGACAGCGAGGGCGUCUUUUUAUGAAUCAGUGGAGGGAUUACCUUGGGCUUGGAGUGGUUUGUAGCCAUGAUCGAGUAUGAAAUCAAGACAACUUAGUCCAUAUUAUGUGCAGUGUGCAACCGCAAUAUUUCUGGAUGAGGUGCCGUUCACGUCCAAAUUCAGUAUGAGGAAGCACCAGGCCGCCCUUACUGAUAGGGCAUCGGCAGCUCUACAUAUCAACAAAUGCCCUCAGAUUCAUCCAUGACUUGUGAUCCACAUUGAAUGAUUAUAUACCGCCUUCCAGGUUCGCAAUCCUGUGAUCAUUUUCGAAUCAAUAGCAACAGCCUAUGAUAUUCUUGGCUUUAUGGAUGGUUUUUGAGAAAACCACUGCGGGGCUUAAAUAAUGAUAAUUAUACUAACUUUUCUACUACCUUCUAAGAUAUCCAUCUGCCGUCUGGAAUGUUGUGGUUUUAGGUAUGAUAAAUCCAGGAUUGUUGAUCGGGAUCUGAAAGGGUGUUCCGCGUGGCUUCUAAAAUCCUAUGGACAGCGGUAAAAAUGUGUAAAGAUUCAUGGCAUAGCAGAUUUAGGGGGAAUUUUGAGGUAAGGAAAACUUGGGGUUGCAGAGUUGUUAAUAAUUUUGGAAUUCCAUAGGAUUCAGCAGGUUCAGGGUUGAUGGCAUAUUUGGAAUAUCGGCAUGGGCUUGAGGGAGAGCCUGAAAGUCAACUUCGUGGGAGAUGAUAUCUUU